AACAAAUCUCAAUUUCAAUAAGGUUUUUCUUCUCUUCAAGGCCUCAUCACAUUCUCUUGUAGUUUGAUUUAUUAGGAAUCAUCUUUAAUGGGGAAGCAAUUUAAUAAGAAGAUCACUUGGGUGAUCAAGAAUUUCUCCUCUUUGAGUUCUGACAAAUUGUAUUCUGAUCGUUUCGUCGUGGAUGGCUGCAAGUGGUAAGAAGAUAAGUUUGUCUUCUAAUGUCCUUUUCCAAGUUAGGUUUACGGGAUAUUCUCUUCUGUUUUAGUGAUUUGUUUUGAUCGUGUUUGCUGUUGCACAUGUAUGUAUCUUUCUGCAUAUCCCAAGGGAAAUAAUAACAAUGAUCACUUGUCUCUGUUUCUGGAAGUCGACAAUUCUGGAUUAUUGCCUAUUGGAUGGAGAAGACACACAAAAUUUUCAUUUACCGUAUUAAACCAACGUUCAAAAAAACUCUCCAGAAAACAUGAAUUACAACAGUGGUUUGAGCAGAAGAGUCCCGGGUGGGGUCGUUUAUCCAUGUUGCCUCUUAAUGAGCUCCACGCCAAAGAUUCCGGAUUUCUUGUAAAUGGGGAUCUCAAAAUUUUGGUUGAGAUAGAUGUUCUUGAAGUUAUUGGCAAAUUAGAUGUGUCAGAGGAAACUUCAACAAUAAUAGAAACAAUAGAUGUUAAUGGGUUUCAGAUUCUUCCUUCACAUGCAGAAUCUGUGAGCCGUAUGUUUGAAAGACACUCGGAGCUUGCAUCUGAGUUCCGUCCAAAGAACCCAAAUCUAAGGACAGCUUACAUAAGUUUUCUACUCACUCUGAUUGAGACUAUGUGCCAGUCACCGCAGGAGCUCUCCCAGGAUGAUUUGUCUGAUGCUUAUGCUGCAAUGGGAUUCAUGAGAGAUGCUGGAUUUAAGCUGGAUUGGUUGGAGAAGAAGCUUGAUGAGGUGUCAGAGAAAAAGAAGAAUGAGAAAUCUUCUGAGGCUGGGCUACAAGAAAUGGAGGAAGAUUUGAGGGACUUGAAGCGGAAGUGUUCAGACAUGGAAGAUCUAGUUCAGAAAGAGAAGGUGAAGAUGUCGGCUGCAAAAGCUCCUCUCUCAUUUGAUGAUGUUGUUUAAUGUUCUUGAGAUCUUGAAGCACUUGGGAGUUUGGUUCUGGUUUGUUCCUGAGAGAACUCUUAAUAGAGACUCAUCAUCACUCGUAACUUGGAAUUGACCAUAGAAUAUAUAAUUUCUAAUAGUAUAAGAUAAACUACAAACAGUUAUAUAUUUAUUAUAACUCAUUCAUUAGGAUGAAUUGCAUAUGAAAAGCGAUGACGUG